GGACCCUAUGCUGGAAUGCCGAAAGAGGUCCUAAUAUGCUAUUCAAAUCAAUUACGUUACAGGCUGCCCAGAGAAAUUAUUUUCUGGCUCAUUCUGGCAGCCACGAUUGUUCUGAUAGCCUGCACUAUCACUAUCAUUGCACUGUCGCCCAAGUGUCUGGACUGGUGGCAAGCCAGUCCAAUCUACCAGAUCUACCCACGAUCCUUCAAAGAUUCUGAUGGGGAUGGUAUUGGAGACCUGAAUGGCAUUACAGAAAACCUAGAUUACUUUGUUUAUUUAAACAUCAAAGCUAUCUGGUUAAGUCCUGUGUACAAGUCUCCAAUGAAAGAUUUUGGAUAUGAUGUGGAAAAUUUUGAAGAAAUCGAUCCAACCUUUGGAACUAUGGAGGAGUUUGACAACCUCUUAGAAGCUGUCCAUGACAGAGGUUUGAAACUGAUAAUGGAUUUCAUUCCAAAUCACACUAGUGACAAACACCGCUGGUUUCAACUUAGCCGGAAUCGAACAGGAAAAUACACUGAUUACUAUAUCUGGGUUGACUGUAAACACGAACUGAACAAAACCACCAAUCCUAACAACUGGGUCAGUUUGUUUGGAUACUCUGCCUGGCAAUUUGAUGAGGUUCGAGGACAGUGUUACUUACAUCAGUUCUUGAAGGAACAACCAGAUUUGAAUUACAGAAAUGUUGACGUGCAAGAAGAAAUGAAAAAUGUUUUACGAUUUUGGCUGAAGAAGGGGGUUGAUGGUUUCAGAGUGGAUGCAAUCAAAUAUCUUCUAGAAGCUGAAAGCUUAAGAAAUGAACCUCAAGUCAACUUAACACAGAACCCGAAUAAUAUCACAUCAUAUGAUGAACUCUAUCAUGAUUACACAACCACACAAGUGGGCAUGCAUGAUAUUGUCCGCGACUGGCAACAUGUUUUGCAAGAGUUUAGUAAAGAACCCGGCAGAUACAGAUUUCUAAUGACUGAAUCGUAUGACAAUGAAGAGAUUUAUAAAACUAUGAUGUACUAUGGAACAUCUAUACAACAAGAAGCUGACUUUCCCUUUAACUUCUACCUUAUUGAUCUCUAUAAAGAGAUGUCAGGAGAUGGAGUAUUUAAAAUUGUAGAUUAUUGGAUGCGCAACAUGCCUGCAGGAAAAUGGCCAAACUGGGUGGUAGGAAAUCAUGACAAUUCUCGCAUUGCAUCUCGUGUUGGUGCAAAGUACGUUAAGGUCAUUAAUAUGCUUUUGCUGACUCUUCCUGGAACUCCUACUACUUAUUAUGGAGAAGAAUUAGGAAUGGAAAAUAUUAUUACAGCAAAUCGAGAUCCACAGCGCUCACCCAUGCAAUGGGAUAGCAGUGAUAAUGCUGGCUUCAGUACAGCAAAUAAAACCUGGCUUCCUGUCCACCCAAAUUAUGUUACAGUAAAUGUUGAAGUUGAAAAGGAACAACAAAACUCUACCUUGACCCUGUACCGUGAACUGAGCUUUCUUCGCCGGAAUGCAUUGCCUAUUCAUAGAGGAUGGAUGUGUUAUAUAUGGAACGAUGCAGAUAUAUUUGCAUAUGUGAGAGAACUUGAUGGUUUGAGUUCAGUCUUUUUAAUUAUACUAAAUUUUGGUAAUUCUUCAGAAGUAAACCUGGCAAGCAAAAUUUCAUAUCUUCCCAAGGAAACAAACGUGAGACUUAGUACCGACAUCAAUAAAAUUGGAAAUAAAGUUCAAACAGCUUCAAUAGUAACGAGUGCUGGUGAAGGACUUGUACUGGAAUACAAAACAAACAAUCCAGUUCACACUAAGGCAGAGUUCAAAGAUAGGUGCUAUAUUUCACAGAAAGCCUGCUAUUUGAAUACAUUUGACAUACUUUACAAGAACUGUUGA